GGCGGCGGCGGCGGCGGCGGUGGAGGCGGCGGAGGCGGUGGCGGCGGCGGCACGGGAGUCGCUGCGAGAUUACUGCGAAUCCGCAAUCGCGGAAGCGCAGGCGGUGUCGGCGGGGCCGGCGGGGCCGGUGUCGUAGCCGGAGUAGGCAACGACGAGAUCAGCCCUCAAGGUAGCCCCAGAGGGGGCAGCCCAAAGAGAGUCGUCGAGGGUAGCAACGGUGGUACCGGAAUCGGAAUCGGAGUCGGAGUCGGAGUCGGAGUCGGAGUCGGUGUCGGAGGCGGCGUCGGUGUCGGCGUCGGCGGCGGCCAAGGAGGAGGAGGAGGAGGCCAAGGAGUAGGAGGAGGAGGAGGAGGAGGAGGAGGAGGAGGAGUAGGAGUAGGCGUAGGCGGCGGUGGCGGUGGCGUGGGCACCGCGCCUCAGGGCAAUCACCAUCACCACCACCUCCACCACCCGAGCAACCACCACCACCACUUGUAUCACCUGAGUGCAAACGUCAGGCACACGAGGCAAAAGUUACCCAUCACCAAACAGUGCGCCCAACACCGUCACCAUCCUACUCGCACUCACUACUAUCGUCCCCAUCGGGGCAUGAACAUGGGCCAAAAGAUUUCAGGCGGCGUAAAAAGCGUAUCGCGCGAGAGCGGUGCUGGUGCAGGAGGUGGAGUCGGGGUCGGCGGUGGUGCCGCGGCCUACAAGUCGGUGGUGCCACGCGAGUUGUCCCAGCACUUCUCCAGACCGGCGCGCCUCGAUGUGCUGCUGGACAUGCCGCCAGCCUCGCGGGAAACGCAAAUACAUCACAGCUGGAACGCCGACGACCGGAGCUUGAACAUAUUCGUCAAGGAAGACGACAAGCUGACCUUUCACCGACAUCCAGUCGCGCAAAGUACGGACUGCAUACGAGGGAAGGUGGGUUACACAAAGGGCAUGCACGUGUGGGAGCUCCACUGGAGCACAAGGCAACGUGGUACACAUGCCGUCGUCGGCGUAGCAACGGCUGACGCUCCGCUCCACAGCGUCGGCUAUCAAAGUCUUGUGGGAAAUAACGAGCUCAGCUGGGGCUGGGACCUUGGCAGGAAUAAGCUUUACCACGACUCGAAGAACAACAAUGGAGUUACAUAUCCUGCGCUCCUCAAGCCAGAAGAGUCAUUUAUCGUUCCUGACAAAUUCUUGGUGGUGCUCGACAUGGACGAGGGUACGCUAGCAUUUGUCGUAGAGGGCCAGUACCUAGGUGUAGCGUUUAGAGGUCUCAAAGGCAGAAAGCUAUACCCUAUUGUUUCGGCUGUUUGGGGCCAUUGUGAGAUUACCAUGAAAUACAUCGGUGGCCUUGAUCCCGAACCUUUACCGCUUAUGGACCUGUGUCGACGAGUGAUUCGGCAGCGAAUCGGCAAGGAACGACUGGAGGAGAAAAUUAUCGAAUUGAACCUGCCACUAGCGAUGAAGACUUAUCUCCUAUACAGAGACAGGAGGUAACCACAAACUAGUGUUUCCCGAGACGCCACAUCAACUACGAUCACAACUUCUUUGACUACGAUAACCAUGCGACAUCGUUGAACUACAAUGCACAGGGGACCCGCCAAACCCCCUCGUAUGCCAUCGAGCAAAGCCCACCGACAGCUGCGUGUCUCUUAUUAUUACAUACGUACGCGCGCAUACAUUAAUACGCGUACGCGCGCGCG